AAAAUCCAAUGGGCUCCACUUCGAGGCAUACCCCUUGAACGAAGGCUACAGACAGCAGCUAUAGUUUGCUGGUUGAGUUUAAUCGGAGGAUGUUCUUUACUGUUCACUGUUUCCCUCACGAUCACAGUCCUUUGGCCAUUACAUAUCGCCUAUCUAAUUUAUAUCUGGAUGGAUCAAUCUCAUGAGAAUGGCGGUCGUCGAUCAGAAAGAUUUCGCCGUUUAAGAAUCUGGCACUACUUUGCAAAUUAUUUUCCAGUUAGUCUUGUCAAGGAAGCCGAUCUUGAUCCUACUAAAAACUAUAUUUUCGGAUAUCAUCCUCAUGGUAUUGUCAGUCUAGGCGCUGUUGCCAACUUUGUUUCUGAAGCAACCGGCUUUUCCGAUCUAUUUCCUGGCAUCACACCCUUUUUAUUAACGUUAAAUUCGAAUUUUAGAAUACCCUUCUAUCGUGAUAUUCUUCUGGCGAUAGGUAUGGCCUCUGUAUCACGCCGCUCUUGUAGCAAUCUACUGUCUUCUGGUCCAGGAACUGCGAUUGUCAUUGUCGUAGGCGGCGCAACUGAGUCUUUGAAGGCUCGUCCUGGUAUUGCUGACUUGGUACUCAAGAAGAGACUGGGAUUCAUAAGAAUGGCUAUUCGUCAUCAGGCUAGCCUUGUGCCCACAUUUUCAUUUGGAGAAAACGACAUUUACGAGCAAAUAGAUAGUAGCAAUAAAGGCAUCAUCUUGACACUUCAAAAGACUAUACAAAAGGUUGCAGGAUUUACAAUGCCUGUAUUCUAUGGACGCGGUAUUUUUAAUUACAGUGUAGGCUUGGUUCCUUUUAGACAUCCCAUUGUGACAGUUGUUGGUAGACCUAUUCCCGUACCAAAACUUGAACCAGGGCAAACAGAACCAACAGACGAACAGCUAUUAUCAACACAGGCUUUAUAUAUUGAAGAAUUAAUGAAUAUUUACAACAAAUACAAAGAUAUCUACGCAAAGGAUAGGAAGCAAGACCUCCAAAUCGUUGCUUAA